AUGUGGGAGCAUUUUGAGAAGUAUGAAAAUGGCGGCAUUUCGAUCAAUCGACAGUGCUCAUUCUACGUCGGUGAUGCAGCAGGUCGCAUCUGUUCAUCGCUUCGUGGAAAGAAAGAUCAUUCGGCUGCUGAUCGAUUGUUUGCGCUGAACAUUGGAAUCAACUUUUUCACACCCGAACAAUAUUUCCUGAAACAGACACAUAUCGAAAAUUACAUUCUUCCAUCAUUCUCCCCGUCUUUGUCACUCGAUGCGAAACUUUGCCUAUUUGAACCAGAGGACACUGCUGUACCCGGUGAGGGCCCGGAAGUGCUGGUGUUUGUUGGCUAUCCAGGAUCCGGAAAAAGCUUUCUCGCAAACAAAUUGGCCAGAGAUUAUGGCUAUGAGAUUGUGAAUCGUGAUACGUUGAAAACAUGGCAAAAAUGCGUGGAAAAUGCAAAAAUCUUGUUGAAGCGGAAGCAGAGUGUUAUUGUAGACAAUACCAAUGCUGACGCGCAGUCAAGAAAGCGCUUUUGCGAUGUUGCCAAAUCGUUUGGAGCAGUUGCGCGAUGCUUCGUAUUCAAUUGUACAUUCGAGCAGGCAGCACACAACUGCAAGUACCGUGUCAUCAUUGGUACAGAUGAGGCACACAGUGAUGUUGGUCGUAUGGUGCUCAACACUUACAGGAAUAAGUUCCAGGAUCUUUGGUUGCCCCUUGAACUGCCCAAACUUGUGCAUUUACAAAAUCCAAAAGCUGCGCAUCUCGAUUUUCAGGAGCCAACGUUAGCAGAGGGAUUUUCGUCAAUUGUCAGGGUCAAUUUCGUACCGGAAUUUGCUUGUUCGGAGCACGAAAGAAUAUAUCGGAUGUAUUUGUGUGAUUCAUGA